AUGAUCUCUAUGCUAGCCCUCUCCUUCUGCGUCCUCGGAACAUGGUCAACCUUCGCACAAGGCCUCGCAUCUGGCCUGACAUCCGGCGGACCCAUCGCCAUCCUUUGGGGUCUAGUCCUGGUCUUCAUCUGUAACAUCUGCGUUGCAGUCUCGCUCGGCGAGCUCUGCAGCGCCAUGCCGACGGCUCUCGGUCAAGCAUACUGGGUCCACCGACUAUGGAGCGGAGGACGCUUCAUGAGUUAUAUGUGUGCUUGGAUCAACACGUUUGGAUGGUGGACGUUGACGGCUUCGCAAGUGGCGUUCAUGACGGACUUUAUUUUGGGGUUGAAAGUGCUGUUUGAAGAGGAGUGGAGGCCGGCAGGUCAGGGAUGGGUGAGGUUCUUGCUGUAUGUGGGGAUUACGGUGGCGUUGACGCUGGUCAAUGUUACCGCUUGUAGGAGGGAUCGCAUCUUGCCGAUCUUCAACAAUUUCGUUGGGGUGUGGUUCGUUGGGUUGUUCUUUGUGUUCUCGUUGGCUUUGUUGAUUGCGGUUGGAACAAAAAGUGGACAGACAUUCCAGUCACCGGAGUUUGUGUUUGGGAGAUGGGUGAACGAGACCGGAUGGAAUGAUGGUGUGGUUUGGUUCCUUGGAUUGCUGCAGGCGGCAUAUGGACUGACGGCGUUCGAUGCGGUGAUCCACAUGGUCGAAGAAAUGCCCAUGCCGAGGAAGAAUGGUCCGAGAGUCAUCUGGCUGGCUGUGCUGUGCGGCGCCGUGACAGGCUUCAUAUUCAUGGUGGUCUGCCUGUUCUGCAUCCAGGAUUUGCCGGUGCUGUUGGAUGGUCCGACCGGUCUGCCGUUCAUGGAACUCGUCCGCCAAACUAUCGGGCUACAAGGAGGUGCUGCUCUGCUUUCUCUCUUCGUCUUCAACGGUCUUGGCCAAGGCGUCAGCAUCGCCACGUCUGGAAGUCGCUUGACCUGGGGUUUCGCUCGAGACGGUGGUCUCCCCUUCAGCGGCUUCUUCUCCUUUGUCGAUCCGGUAUGGAAGGUUCCCGCUCGUGCUCUCUGGUUGCAAGGAUCCUUAAUCGGUCUGGUCGGAGUCCUUUACCUCUUCGCCGAGAACGUACUCACGGCCAUCCUCGCCGUGAGCACCAUUGCGCUGACAAUAUCAUAUGGCAUGCCGAUCUUGACAUUACUACUGGUUGGCCGCGACAAGAUGCCACACGGAGGAGUAUUCAAGCUGGGCAAAUUCGGCCCGGUGGUGAACUGGAUCAGCGUCAUCUACUGCGCUGUUACGACGGUGUUCUUCUUCUUCCCUUCUUCGCCGAACCCAACGCCUGGCGAUAUGAACUACGCAAUCGCCGUCUUCGGGGUGAUGCUCGUGGUCGCGCUUGCGUUCUGGUUGGUCAUGGGUCGAAAAACGUACUUGAAGACCGACGACUCGGCGAUGCGGAUGGAAAUGGCAAGGAGACUAGAAGUGGACGAACCUAUCGGAGAAGCAUGGAGCAAGGGGUCUUGA